UUAUGGAGGUGUGCCGGCUGGGCUACUCUCUGGUCCCUACUAGCACACCCAUAUGACCUACCUAACUACCUACCUUACAAUCUGCACCUAACUGCUACUUCCUGUAAAUCCCUCUUACUAUAGGCGCGGAGACGAGUUGCAUGGGUGGCUGUUGUAGCUACACAAAAUGACUGUGACUCUUCCGCUGUUCGCCGCUAUGUGGCGUGGUAUAUAGCUCCCGAUCCUGUAUCCGCUACCCCUGUGCUACGCAACGUUGGCAGUACCACAUCUCUUGGUCGCACUGAACACUUGGGCAUUGUCUCGCAUGGGAUUGCGAUACAGGCAUUUUCGCUAGCCUGCCCAGAGCCUCGCAUACCAACUUCUAUUUGCCAAGACCCCUGCUAAUGCUUUCUCUAGAUACAACCAAGAUUCCAAUAUUUCUUCCUUGACGAUAGAAAACCCUCCUCAGCCGCCUUCUGUGCUCGGCGGUUUCUCUGCACCUCUAUUAAACACUACUACGACGGGGUACUCCCCUGAUACUGGAUCAUUCUAUUCUCCAGCCUCACAGAUCUUCCCCGGGAUCGACGUUAGGCCACCGCGCCUGAGCUCCAAUAGCACUUCAUCCACGGGCAUGGCACAUGCCAACCGCUCCGCUGCGUUACCAAAUCCAGCAUCAGCGUACAACGUAAGAGAUCUCUACUCUGGAUCGAGACCAUCUUUUGGAAGACCAACGGAGCACACGAGGUCACCUUCUUUUGCAGCGCCUUUGCGACGCCAUCCCCUAUCUCCAACUCCUAGUCCCAGUACCAGCUUCACAAGCCCUGUCAGGAUGGACACCAGUCAGUAUGGAAAAUCAGGGGGUUCGCAUAUCCCUCCGCUUCUAGCAAUGAGCACGAACGGCCAGCUAGUGUACAGCGAUUCUGGGGCGCCGAUCAAGAUUGAUAUUCACGGAACUAUCGACAAAGGGUUCUUCAUGUCAGAGGGAGAUUGGACGUGCUACAGAAGGAACUACUUCUCCUGCAUCUGCUCGUACGGUUUGUCGCCGUACUCCCCCAACACGACCAUGCAGUAUGUUCCCAGCGGGUCGUCAACAUCGUAUCAAGUAUUUGGGUUUGCGAUGUGUAUUUCUGCCGUGGUCUCCGACAGUGACUCGCACACAAUUGAUUUGGUGCAGCAUACACCAAAGAGAGAUAAAGGACCGGUACAGAAGCCCGAGAAAGUUAGGCUUACACCAAAGCAGCCACAACAAACACCGCACCCAUUACUGUAUCAAGACCAUCACGCCAUGCCCGGAAGUUCGAGACCCUUGUACGAAAGUGGUUAUGGGCAGAGCACGCAGGGGUCCUACCCAAGCGAGCACACAUUUGAAAGGAUCCAAUUCAAGCAGGCGACGGCAAACAAUGGUAAACGAAGAGCGGCUCAGCAGUACUACCAUUUGGUUGUAGAGCUAUAUGCAGAUGUGGGAAAUCAAGCCCAAGACCAGUUCAUGAAGAUCGCUUCGCGGAAAUCCGCGAAGAUGAUUGUACGAGGGCGCUCCCCUGGACAUUACCAAACAGAAAGGCGUGGGAGCACUAGUAGCGGGCCUGGUGGAUCAAGUGGGAUGGGCGGUUACUCCGGAUCCCAGGUGUUAGGACCAGAUUACGGCAGCUCGGGCGGUCCUUCGCUUCUUCCAGGCUCGUACGCUAGCAGCGGAGCGUAUGAUCCAAGAUCGGGGCAUUAUGGAGGGACUCGCCAUCACGAGCUACCAGCGGAGACGAUUAUUCCGACCGAAGAAGCCAAGGCUAUCGACAACACGAGGGAGUAUCAAUACUACCCUGCGCCUAUCUACGAAAAUACCGAUUCGAGACAGGGUGUUGAGAUGUUCUCCCAUCGAGGCGAACCGGACAACUUAAUGACUUCAGCCCCACCGGCGGGCGACUCGAGCUCGUCGAAAGUCAAACACGAAUACGAAGGUCCCCUUCCGAGUAUUCUAUACAACCCCGGAAAUGCUUACUACCGGGGCUGCAGUCGAUUUGAAGGGAAGCCAACAUCGACAGGUUAUUACCCAACCAUGCCAACCAUGCUUCCUCAAUCUGGGUGAUACGAAGAUUGUGUGGCAUAGAGAAGUGUACUCGGCCGCAUCUUGGCUGGUCUACACAGUAUAUUUCCUUGGCAGAUUCCUGACACCUGCGUUAAGUUC